AUGGCGACCACCGUCAGCACGCAGCGCGGGCCGGUGUACGUCGGUGAGCUCCCGCAGGACUUCCUCCGCAUCACGCCCACGGCCACGCAGCAGCAGGUGCAGCUGGAUGUGCAGGCGGCCCAGCGGCUGCAGUAUGGAGCGGCGGCGAGCACAGUGGGCCGCCUCAGCAUCACCGUGGUGCAGGCCAAGUUGGCGAAAAAUUAUGGCAUGACCCGCAUGGACCCGUACUGCCGACUGCGCCUCGGCUAUGCGGUCUACGAGACACCCACUGCCCACAACGGUGCCAAGAAUCCUCGCUGGAAUAAAGUCAUCCAGUGCACGGUGCCCCCGGGCGUGGAUUCCUUCUACCUGGAGAUCUUCGACGAGCGGGCCUUCUCCAUGGAUGACCGCAUCGCCUGGACGCACGUCACCAUCCCCGAGUCCCUGAAGCAGGGCAAGGUGGAGGACGAGUGGUACAGCCUCAGUGGCCGGCAGGGCGACGACAAGGAGGGCAUGAUCAACCUGGUCAUGUCCUACACGUCACUGCCGGCCACCGUGAUGAUGCCGCCUCAGCCUGUGGUCCUGAUGCCCACUGUGUACCAGCAAGGCGUCGGCUACGUGCCCAUCACAGGUGUGCCUGCAGUGUGCAGCCCUGGUGUGGUGCCCGUGGCCCUGCCCCCAGCAGCCGUGAGCGCCCAGCCCCGCUGCAGCGAGGAGGACCUGAGAGCCAUCCAGGACAUGUUCCCCAACAUGGACCGGGAGGUGAUCCGCUCCGUGCUGGAAGCCCAGAGAGGGGACAGGGACGCAGCCAUCAACUCCCUGCUCCAGAUGGGCGAGGAGUCCUAGAGCCCCGGCCGCCACGUGGCCUCGGCCCUCCCGGUGUGCUGGCCCGGCCCCUCCCCCCCUUCCUGUGAAGGAGCCCUGUGUAGCCUUUUCUCGGGCGUCUGUAGUUCCAGUCCUCACCCUCGUGUGGGAUGCAUGUGGGUGGUUGGUCCCCGGCCGCUGAGCCCUCCGUCGCUCGGGCGUGGGUGUGCGUGGCUCUCCUCCUGGCUUCGUUGGGAGCAGAGUAGGCACGUGGGCCGUGUCCUGUGUACGCACACUCGCCCUCCCGCCACUUGGGGAUACGUGUCUUCGUGUGCCGUGGGCUCCCUCUCCGCACGCUGUCCCAAGAUCACGCUCUGCAAGCACCUGCCAACGCUUUAGAAAGUGUCGCUGUUCUCCAGGUUUGAUUAAUGGCAUGCAGUUUACUUAACCGGAGUAGACCUAUUAUUUCAGGCACAUAGAACAUUAACAGCCGAUUUGGGUUAUUUUUACAACUUUCAACCUUAAAAUUCACAUCCUUCUGUGGAUGUUCCUUGUCUGUGGUUCUGGGCUGCUCACCAGUGUCUUGGGCAGACCGACUUCCAUGUUGCCCGCCCAGCGGCAGGGUCUGCACAGAUGCAGAUCGCACUGGAUCCGGGGGGCGCUGAGCCCAGCAGCCCGCCUGUCCCCACCCAUGGGCUCUGGAGCAGGGCCGUCCUGGGCCCGGGGACCCUGUGAUGCCUUUUCCUGCUGUCUCCUGCCAACUCUGUGGGGUGUGACUCCGAGGGGUUGCCGCUCCAUUCUCUGACCAACUCUCGGAACAGAACCUUGAAACUGGGAAUAAGAAGUGAUAGGUCCAGUACUUUGUAUUUGUUUAUUAAAGGGUAUUUAGGAACCGUUGGCUUACUACUGACGUUAAUUUGAGUAAACACUGUGAAUUUACUUUGGGUGAGAGAAGCAGCAAUCUGGUGAAUGUUUAAGUCUUCCUGGGAGGCCUGAGGUGCGUGUGCCGCGCUGUGGGCUGCAUGGCAGCCGUGGCCGCGGGACUGGGACAGGUGGGGGGGGACACCUCAUGAAAAUCAGCCACGUGAGAGGUUUGUCAGGUGCUGCUUGCAGCCUGUGCAUGAGACGCUUGCCUUUGGAGAGGGAGUCUUUCCGCCAUGGGCACGAUGGGCCCCAGCAGCGUGGCCCUGCGAGGGGUCAGCAUGAGGGUGGACUCCUGUGUGCCGCCUUCCCCCUGCCUGGGGGAGUUUCCUGUCGGCUGGAGGACGCUGCUUCUGCUGCCACCAGGCGCGGGUCGGUCGGAGACGUGUGCACAGAAGGCUGAAGGAGCGCGAGCUGGCGGCAGGGUGGCCGCACCAGCCAGGCCCCUCAGUGAAGACGCCGCCAGCCGGUGGACGCCGACCGCUGGCUUGGACGUGUGAGCUCUGCUUUCUCGUGGAGCGCGAGUUCCCUGUUCAGUCAGUUUGGGGCCAUGCAGCACGUUUCUCCCCAAACAGAAAAAAGUGUCGGGCAGGCCCGCAGCUCUCCUGUGGGGACAGCCUGCACGGACGCGCAGCGCAGGCCCCGGGCUCCCAGAGGCCCCAGUGCCGCUUCCCGCCUCCCCAUUGCUGGAAUGUCUGGGCGCGUCGGGGACGUGCUCCUUGUGGGGACAGGCGCGGAACCCGGCAAGCAGCCCAGCGGGCUCACUCACGGGACCUCGGUUGGCGGGAGAGGGACUCUAAACCCUUCCCUUGUGCUCCCUUCCUCGUGAACACUGUGACAUCGGAGAGAUCCCUCACUCCGCAGGGCCUUCUGGUUGUGUUAGGCCCUCCUUUCCUUGUUCGUGCCCCGCCGUCCUGUCUGUGGGCUCGUGGCCUGUGGCGGCCUGCUGCUCCUGCAGAAGGGGUGGGUCACAUUGCAGUUCCCCUGAAGCAGGCCUGGGACGGGCCGAUGACAUGGCCACAGCGUGGCCACCAUGGACUCCCGCGAGCCAGGGCGGCUGCUGGUGUCUGGGGCCCCGUCCCUCGUGGCCCCGUGCAUGGCCAGGUGGCAGACCCCGGGGGCCUCCGUGAGCUGGUCGAUGGCCUUUCCUCCAGAUGCAGCCCCCCUCCCCCAACGCUGAGGACGGAGCGAUGGUGUGUGCCGGGGAUUCCUCCCGCCUGCCCUGCAGCGUUCCUGGAGGCGCUCCUCCCCUUACCGACUCCUCUGGCCGCAGCUUUGUGCGCUGGUGGGAACGAUUCUCAGAGCUGUUUCCUGUGCUUCUGUCGGGGUCCAGUGUCCGGAGUUACCUUUGAUUGUAAAGUAUAUUUUUGCUUUUCGGCCUUCUAAUUUAAUAUGUGAUAUCUAUAAAAGUAGAGAAUUAAACUUCUCCAAUGAAACUUUA